GCCGCUAAAUCUCCAGCACUCCACGUCGCGGACCUGCACGGGCACCCUGAACUUUAUUUCCCAGUGUGAAAAAACAAACAAACUAAUAUCACCCUGCAUCGUCAGCAUCAGCGGCAUCGGUGCCGUCAUCAUCAUCGGCAGCAGCAGCAGCAUCAGCAGCACGUGCGUGCGUACGGGAUGCGCACUCGCGGCCACGUGGGUUGGACGCGAAACUCUUCGGCUCCGCGUAUUUCCAGCCCCCCGCCCGGGACCCCCGAAGUAAGCCCGUGCGACUGAGCGGAGAGAGAGAAGAAGAGGCUGGACGUGAGAGAAGAGGCGCCUCAAGUCCCCGUGCGCAGCCAUCGCCCGCGACGUCUCUCAAACUCUCGUCUCAGUCCGUGAAGUUUUCCGCCCCCUCCAUUCAUUCUCUUCGUGUCCUCUCCCUCACUCCCUCGCCCGUCUCCUCCACCCCUCGUGUCGAUUGAGCGACGUUCUCCUCUCAACAAUCGUCUCCAUACCUCUCGACUCACGGUCCAUCUCUCAUCUUCACCUCAAGAGACACAUCGUCGUCAAAAUCACCGUCACUGCGUCUCUCGAUUUCCCAAUGCUGUCAUCUCCAUCCACCCGUCUCUCCUCUCAUCUUCCCUGCGUCGCUCUGCUUUCCAUCUCCCGUUACGAUAUCUCCGGAAGAUGCGUCGCCACUGAUUACUUUCACGAGCUCUCAAACGUUCUCGUCGCAAUCUCCCUGAGCUCCUCCGUACGCCUCCUCGUUUCUCCAUCGCUUGCGUCUCUCGCGGCGCUCACCGAUUUCUCUCAAGUCUGAACAUCUCCUGCCUGUCCCACCUCCUCCUCGUCAACCUCUCUCCUCCAAACACACAUCUCAACACCGCGUGUCUCUCAACGGGUCACCCCCUACUUACUACACCUCCAGCUGUCGUCUGAUUCCACUCCGCCAAAUCUUUACACCUCUCAAUAUCAUCUCGUCCGCCAUCUCUCAGCUGCCCAUCUCGUCUGCUCAUAUUUUUGCCCUCUCAUCUCACCCGGGCGAUCUCUCUCCCAAUAUCUCUCCUGCCCCACCCGUGCGGCCGCAUCUCCGACAAGUCGCUCCCUCUCCGAGUAAGAGGCGAGGACCAGGGAAGUCCUCGUAGUUUGGUAGCAGUCGCAGUCGUAGUCGUUGUUGUCGUAGUCGUUGUCAUGGCUCUCCAUCUCAGCCCAGCUCCAUCGCCAGAUCACCGACCUCAUCAUCACCACCAUCACCACCACCAUCAUCCUCUUCCUCCACCACCUCCUCUGCUGCUCCUCCUCCUCGCCGCGAGCGCCGUUGCGCUCUCCUCGGGCCGGGCCGAGGCUCAGGAAGCGGGGGGCCACCCGGGAUGCCCCCUUGGAGAGGAGACCCCCGCCGAGGGGGUCCGCUACCCCGCGUGCCGCUGCGGGGUGGAGUUCGCGCGACCCCUGCCCGAGGAGAUUCUCCCCGCGGACCCCGCGAGUCGCCGCGAGCAGGGGUACCACCGUGACGAGGCCGGGGGCUGGUACUACUGCAGGCGGUGUCGGGACUGCGCGCUGGGGGGCCGCGUGAUGCUGGCGGGGUGUUCGCGGGCGCGGGACGCGGUGUGCGGGGGCUGCGCCCGGCCCGGCGCGCGCUACGACGCCCGCGUGCUGGCGUGCGUCCCCGACGAGGAGCACCAGCAGCGCGGGGGGCACGAGUCCGCUGCGGCCUCCAGCACACGGCGCGUCGACAACAUCACGGAGCAGGUCAUCGAGGUGCUGCUGGGCCCCAGGGACGUGGUGCGGGCUCCGUGGUUCGCCCCGGCGCUCUGCCUCGCGGCGCUCGCCGUGCUGCUGCUGACGGGGCUCGCGCUGCACAUGCGCCUACGCGGCGGCGGCGCCGUGCGGGGGCGCUGCGCAACCUGCGGGCACGCGUGAUGGGGGGGGGCAGAGGGGGCUACAAGGCUGGGAGAGAAGGGAAUUGGGGGUAUAGCGAGAGGGGAGCUGGGGUGGGGGGGGGGUCACGCUCACACCCCCCUCGCUCACUGUCAGCCGUGAUAGAUCCACUGCUGGACGAUGGAGACCCCCUCCCCCGCGACGUAAAACAAUCUACCUGGCACCUGGCACCUGGCACACGAGGCCGUUUCGUAGCUCCGUCUCCGCGGCGAGACGUGCGCCGCGUUCCUCCUCCGGCUGCCGACGCCGCCGCUUGCCGACGCGCGGCCGUCGGCCAAUCAGCUCGGAGCCGGCUCGGCGUGACCGCACUGCGUUUGUCGUUGUUGACGUUUGUUGUUGGUGUGGUUGUUGUUGUAAUUUAUAAUGUACGUGCACUUGCGCCUGUGACGACAGGUGGCGGGCCCUGUGAAACACGCGGCUUUGUCUUUGCUAAAUAAAUAACUGAAAAUCCUCGA